CGUUGGCAGCCGUGCUCCAAUCUAACGCUCGGUCCAGCCCAACUUCAUUAGAUCGUGUCAUUGACUCUAGAACCAGGAUUGAAUAUUGAGGUCUGCAAACAACGUCUUCGUGGAAAUUGGGGUCGAUGGUUCGUAGGAUACGUACGGUCGUCUUUCGUUGUCUCCUCGUCGCUUGUGUUGUGCUGCCCUGCGUUUAUUUGCUCUCGCGUCGGCGACACAUUCAUGUGCUAGCUGACUUAGGUCAGACUCCUUGGGAUAGCCUCGCUAGUCCUAGUCGUCCCUUAGCGGCGAGCUUCCUGGUGGGAGCAAAUAGGUCUUCAAAUGUUCAAAGAGUUAGCUUGGUCUCAGCGUCUCAAUCCUAUCCCGACGUGACAGCAGUCAUCUUGAACUGGUCACGGCUUCCCAAUGUUGUCCGGAUCGUCAGUCUUCUUUGUGGUCCAUGGUUGGAAGAUGUCAUAGCGGAGAUUGUGGUAUGGAACAAUAGUCCGAGGGAAAUCUCAUACCAGACCUUCGCGAAGACAGGUUGCCCUUCCGAAAAGUUGAGGAUAUACAAUUCGCCUCAUAACGCCUACUUUCAAGCUCGAUACGUUGCGUGCGAACAGGCUACCACUCGUUUCUGCUUCCUGCAAGAUGACGACUACCUUAUUAUGCCUGAGAUUAUUCGCACUCUGCAUGCUCGGGUUCUCGGAACUCCUGACCACUCAAUACACCUUCUGCCUCCACAUGAGGUUCUAUCUACUCAACUACGUACAGCGGUUACGUCCGACGGUGUGCAUACUUCGUCCGCAUGGCUUGGACAUGGUACAAUUCUUCCUCGGACUGGAGCUGCGGACUUCUUGGCGCUUUUACAUCAUCUGAAUGCAUCCGAGGAUGAAAUGAAGAUGGCAGACAACUACUUUACGAUCCUGAAUAAUCGGAUUCCUGAAGUUUGGUUCGACCAAGGUAUCGAGCUAGGAGGUGGUCAACCAUUCACAGUCGGAAUGGAAGGUAAUGAACGUAAUAAAAUGCAUAUUAUCAAUGCUUGUCGAUACCUGGACACCCUCUUGAGCGCAUUCAGAGCUUCAGAUAUGUCUCAUAAAUCGAGAUUACCGUUCAUCGAAGUUGAUGCGGUAACCCCUACUGGUCAUGCAAUAUUUCAAGCGCCGUGUCUUGGCGCUUCUUGUUUGCUGCAGACGAACAUCCCUUUACUACCAACAAACGUGAAGGUUGGAAGUUACUCGGACGAUGACAUAUUUAUGCAGGAAUUACGAAGUAUCCAGUCUUUGGGUCAGGAUGCUGUGGACCACUACUUGCGGUUCCCUCCUUCUCAGGCUGUCGACGGCCGCCCAGACACUGUAUUCCGCAGUCCAUUUCCGGCACGGCGGGGUGACUUCGUAAGCCUGGACAUGCUGUCACGCGUGGGCUCAGCAGGCUCCACAAUUGAAAUAACGCUACUAGUCGCGAGGGAAACGGUGGACAUUUUGCACCAAGCCCUGUUCGAAUCCUCUACGGAUGCUGUCAACUGGGUUAUCACCACGCAUGCAUUGGUAUGCGAAGAAACCGAACUGACCGGGCUUCGUGGCCUAAGGUCUGCGCCUCGCAAAUUGCAAGAAUGUAGCGUGCAGUCGCAGGAGACAGACCAUCGGUUCUUCCGAGCGACUCUGCUGGUUGAUAUACUGUCUUCCCCUCACUGGAUGAUCUAUGAAUUUUGGAUACGGUGGUUAGCAUGAUUUACUAGUUCUAUAUCUAACAUCGCACUGGGUAAAUUUAUGUUGCAAUUUGCAUUGGAGCUUGUCAAUUGAGGCUGUUCCAGCGGAAGUAG